GUGAUAUGUGGAAGAAGUGUCAGAGCGUUAUCUGAGUAGCUCCACUGUAGAAUCAAAAUCAAAAUGUUGUCAAAGCUACAUUUACAUGUGGACUUGCAUGACAAAUUCAAAUUCAAAGCCAGCUUCUGCAAUCCAAUACCAAAGUCAACAAAGCUAUAAAAACAAAGCAAAAGCCAUUAAGCUGCAGCAGUCAGCGAAACUCAAUAAUAUGGAGAAGAAGCAAACUCUAAGUAUUAUCAUCUGCACUCUGAUAGCCUUUGGCAGUGCGAUGCCAGUGGAUGUGCCACUUUAUAAGCAACUGGGGUACAAGAAGCCAUCAGGGACCAAUUCCAGUGGCUACAACAAUAACGUAGUGACAAGCACAAAUCGGCUGGGCGGAACAACGAUAAUGACAACGACGACGCCAACUCCACAAUUUGAGUAUGCUCUGUUGGGUCAGGAUCCGAAGGAUCAGCACUGGUAUCGUGUCAGCCUAACGCCGACAGACAACAAGUCUGGUUAUCGUGCUCAGUUUGCCACAAGGAGAUCGCCACCAUACGAUGCAGAGCAGGCACACAAGCAUGAUAAGACCAUUAAGGAGCUGCUUAAUUUCUUAGAGAAUUCCGAGGAGCACAAUCUGCUAAAGGUCUACGGGCAAAUCUUGGACAGCGAGGACUACAACGAUCAGAACGCAAAGGAGAAGCGCAAUGGGGAGAAAUUCGAAAUCGAUGUUGGUAACGAUUUGGACAUAAAGACGGUUUCGAAAACCGAUGGAAAUCGACCUUUAGCUUUAGCGGGCGAGCUGACAGUGGCCACGCCUCCUACUAAUAGCCAAAAUGGCAGCGAUUCGACAAUGUUUAAGAAUUUUGUUUACUUCAUAAAGGGUUUGAAAUGAGUGCACAAUAAUUCGGUCUCAAUAAUAAUAACACCAGUUAUUAAAAAAGCGAAUAAGAAUAAGUAAGCACUAAAUAUAUUUUAUAUAACAAACAAUGUAUUGUAAUUUGAAUGUCAAAAGCAUGAUUUAAAAGCUUUA